UUCCUUCUUCUUCCUCAAAAUUAGUUUCAAAUCCCAAUCUUCUCCAACUCUGAUUCUUCAUCACUCGGGUUCUCGUAUAUAGGUACCGAGACCUCUUUGGUCCUGGUCCCAGAUUCGAUUCCCGUAAUAACUUUUGUUAACAGCAGAGGAAGAUAUCCACCAGGGAUUGGAGCGGCGCUGAAUCAGUCGCACUCGCACCGGCCGCAGCAACAACAAUGGUCAAGAGGCGCUCAGGUUCCUAGAUACGCUAAUGACGUCCAGAACACGACGUCGUCUCAGCCGCCCGUAGCUAGCAGCGAUCCUAAAUAUCCGUGGCCAGAUGGGUGAGCUUAAUCAUCGUGUGAAAAAUCCUAUUCCAACAUCUUCUAGAAGUAUAGGGGAAACGAGUAACAGUGGAAACGUAGUGCAGCAACUUGUCCCUACAGAGAGCUCCGAAAUUGGAGGCUCAUCGAGUGUCAAUGAUGGUUCAGUGCAAGAUACGUCGAGGCCUGAAGGAGUUGAAGAAGACAUGCCAGAGCGUGAAGCUGGAGAUAAUCAAGAAGAUAGUUGUGUUCGUGAUCAAGCUGCUGAGACAAGUGAUGAUUGAUGUUUGGUCUUUUGACUAUGGUAAAAAUACUGGGCAUUCUUGCUCUUCUUGAUGGGUAUAUGAACAUAGCGAUGGAGCAGACAUAAGAGUAUGUUAAUGGGCAGCUCAAGAAAAAAUACGGUGAUGCCUUUAUCCGCUGAAACAAUGGUAACGAAGAUGUUUAAUUAUUGUAUGUUUAAUUUUAAUCUUUCAAUAAAUAAAAAUUUUAUAUUUAAAUGCUUUACAAAUUUAAUU